CGCGCUCCCGUCGUGCCCCGCGCGGGGGCGGGGGCGGCCGCCAUGUUGUGGAGCGGCGGGGCCGGCGGGUGCUGACGGAGGAGGCGGAGCUGGGCCGGGCCGGGCCGGCUGGUGGCACCGGGACCGGAGCAGCACACUAGUUACUGCUUGGACUUCGCAAACAUAAAUUCCUGAGCCGGCUGAUCUCUCCAGCCAGCUUCCCACCAUGGAUCAGGACUAUGAGAGACGUCUCCUACGCCAAAUCAACAUACAGAAUGAGAACACAAUGCCUUGUGUAGCAGAGAUGAGAAGAACCUUGACACCUUCCAAUUCUCCAAUGUCUUCUCCUAGUAAGCAUGGUGAUAGAUUCAUUCCCUCAAGAGCUGGGGCCAACUGGAGCAUCAACUUCCACAGAAUAAAUGAAAAUGAAAAAUCACCGAGCCAAAACAGAAAAGCGAAGGAUGCUACAUCAGACACUGGCAAAGAUGGCCUUGCCUACUCUGCCUUGCUGAAGAAUGAACUCUUGGGAGCAGGGAUCGAGAAGGUGCAGGACCCCCAGACAGAGGACAGGAGGCUGCAGCCAUCCACCCCAGAGAAGAAAUCUCUCUUCACUUACUCACUCAGCACAAAACGCUCCAGCCCAGAUGAUGGCAAUGAGGUCUCACCCUAUUCCCUGUCUCCUGUCAGCAACAAAAGUCAGAAGCUGCUAAGAUCACCUCGAAAACCAACUCGGAAAAUCUCCAAGAUUCCUUUUAAAGUGCUGGAUGCUCCAGAGCUGCAGGAUGACUUCUACCUGAACCUGGUGGACUGGUCCUCUCUUAACGUCCUCAGCGUUGGCCUUGGGACUUGUGUUUAUCUGUGGAGUGCUUGUACGAGUCAGGUAACGCGGCUGUGUGACCUCUCUGUGGAAGGCGAUUCCGUGACGUCCGUGGGCUGGUCAGAGCGGGGGAACUUGGUGGCCGUUGGCACGCACAAGGGCUUUGUACAAAUCUGGGAUGCAGCUGCAGGAAAGAAGCUCUCCAUGCUGGAGGGACACACAGCCAGAGUUGGUGCCUUGGCGUGGAACGCGGACCAGCUGUCGUCGGGGAGCCGGGACAGGAUGAUCCUGCAGCGGGACAUCCGCACCCCGCCCCUGCAGUCUGAGCGGCGGCUCCAGGGACACAGGCAGGAGGUCUGCGGGCUCAAAUGGUCCACGGACCACCAGCUCCUGGCCUCUGGAGGAAACGAUAAUAAGCUCCUUGUCUGGAAUCACUCCAGCCUGAGUCCUGUCCAGCAAUACACAGAGCACCUGGCAGCAGUCAAAGCCAUCGCCUGGUCCCCACACCAGCACGGGCUGCUGGCCUCAGGUGGGGGCACGGCCGACCGCUGCAUCCGCUUCUGGAACACGCUCACGGGGCAGCCCCUGCAGUGCAUCGACACCGGGUCCCAGGUGUGCAACCUGGCCUGGUCCAAACACGCCAACGAGCUGGUGAGCACCCAUGGAUACUCCCAGAACCAGAUCCUCGUCUGGAAAUACCCCUCGCUAACUCAAGUAGCAAAGCUCACAGGGCACUCUUACCGAGUCCUGUACCUGGCAAUGUCCCCUGAUGGGGAGGCCAUUGUCACAGGAGCUGGAGACGAAACCUUACGCUUCUGGAACGUCUUCAGUAAAACUCGCUCGACGAAGGAGUCUGUAUCUGUGCUCAACCUCUUCACCAGGAUACGAUAAACCCCCUCCCUGUGCCCCGGGAACCUACAGCCUGACAUUCCAGGAUCAGACCACUCCCUCGGCCUGCAUGGACCUCCGGAGCCCAGCCAAGGGGAGGGAGAGCCGUGGGACUGCAGGAGGACCCAGCUCAUUAAAUAUGUGCUUGUGACCCACAGGGCUGGGCAGUAUUUGGGAUGGGGUGGGGAGGGGAGGGAACUGCCAAAGGUUACCGGAUUCAUCCUUCAUAAAGGGAAACGGGUACAAGAGAAAUGUUAACCCAGCAUCCUCCAGCCGUCAGGAUGGUACUGGGGAGGACUCGUGUGACAUGGACCAUUGAGACUGGACCCAGGCCAUCCCCACUGCCACGGUGUGCCUCCUGCGAGAGAGGAGCAUAUCCUUGCUGCUGUGGGAAGGGGUUUCACGUGCUGCUCUGUGUCCCAGAGUGGCAUCUCUGGAGGCAGGAGCCAGCCAGACUGGGCCGGUACAGCUGGUGCGAGGGGCACAGCUCCAGGCUGGGCAUCUAAGGGCUUUGUUCAUAGCCUGGCAUCCCCAUUCCAGGAAGAAACUGGAGAACUGCCUAUUUUCCUUUUUUUUCUUUAUUUUUCCCCCCAGACAGGUACUGUAGUACUUGACAUGAUCAUUCCAUAAGACAGCUUGAUUUUUUUGGGCAUGCUUGACAGCUGCCUCCGAACAAACACGCUUUGGGGCUGUAGACUUCGGAGGAGACUUGAAAAAACUUCACCUCUAAGGGAGAAGAUUUGGGAAGUUCUGCAGUUGCUAUUUCAUGUUCGGGGCUGAUCCUGGGAGUUACCAGAGAGCAGAAGCAAGGACUUUAUAAAAAAAGAAACCCACCCAACCACCUGUGCAUGUGGAGCUUCCUUUGGUGCUGCUGUAUGGGUGCCUUGCUCUGGAGUCUCCCUGAGGCCAAAAGCAUUUGGGAUGUGUUUGAGAAAAAAAAAUAAAUCCUAAAGAUCUGAUUUUUGGGGUGAGCAGGGCCUCUUCUGGCUGGAAGAGGGGUUCUCCUGAAGCAGGGCUGCAGCGCUGCUUUUUUGUUAUUUCCAAGUCCCACGUAGGGCCCUGCUGUUGAGUUUUGGUGUGUGGUUUGGGGUUUUUAGGUUGUGUGGGAUGAGAGUUCUGGCUGGUGUUGGAGCCCAUGGGGUGUAACAUAAAUGUUCUUUGUGUGUGUGUGGUGCUUUUAAUUUAAGAGAAGCUGUGAGGCUGCACAGCGUGUUCCAUCUGACCUGUGCCUGCCCUGCCCAGGCCCUGCCUGCCUCCUGCCCUCUCCCAGCGUUGCUUCCUGUUCCCAUGUGGAAUUCCCUGGCUGUGUAUAUAGACUUGUCUUCUCUGUGUAGAUUGCAUAGGUAAUGCUUUCCCUUUCUUUUUUUUUCUUUGUUGUUUUGUCUGCUCUCCCUUCUUUCUCUAAAACCAGAUGGUAGGAAUAUGAUGCCUGUCCCCAGUACCACCAGUAUCCUUAGGGUGAGCCAAGGUGUGAGAAGGCCAAUACAGCCUUGACCACGUGUGCCAUCACGCCAGUGCCUGGAUCAGGCUGGUGGUGCUGUCCCUGUGUCACACAUACUGGGAGUCACUGGUGAGGAGCUGGUGCUGGGAGCCCCCUGGCAGCUCCGAGUCUCCCAGGCCCACAGGCCACUUUGUCAUCUCACAGUCUCACUCCCCACCAAAAUGGAAUUUCCAUGGAGUUUCUGAAACACUGUUUGAGUGCAACUGCUUUAGUGCAGCUCUGGCCGUGGGAUGUGAGGCAUGGUUUGAAGUUGCCCCCCGGCCCGUCUUGUGUUGUUUGUUCCACUUGUGGGCACUGUUCCACAUCACCGUGGGUUGGGAGCACCCCAAAGCACCCAGCAGGUGUUGAGUAGGAUCUUUCAGCUGGGGAAUGGGUUUGAAGUAAAGGGUGAUCUGUAGGAAGAGGUGGUCUGUUGUGGGUAUCGUCACCUGGGGAAAGGGCUGUUCAGGGGGCUGGGGAGGCUGGUGGCUGUGCUCUGGCUUUUCCUGUUGUGGAUUGCCUCCUGCUAAAUGGCACUGUGCAGACACCCAGGACACACUGCUUUCUCCUCUGGGAGGGUGUAGGUGCUUGGGCUGGGGGCACACAGGAGGUCUCAGCCCAAUUUGGAGCAGGAGGGAACAAGACACCCAACUGGAGUGUAUGGUUGGGCUCCCCAGUGCACUGGGGCUCACAGGAGUGUAAUUGCCUCUCCCCCUGUGAUGGGGGAACUUCCUUAAGGAGUCCCAGAAGAUGCUGGGGGGAGUGGCAGUGAUGUGGGGUGGGCAGUGCCAGGUGGGCAUUGCAGCUGCUGCCUAGUGUUCCCAGCUGCAGAGCAGGGAUAGCUCUUCAUUGCUCUGUCCCCUACCACUGUCCCUUCUUGCCAAGGACUUUCCCAGACUGCAUCUUGUGUCUGCAUCUUGCUUUUCUGUCUGCCUUGGUAGGUUGGCUCGUGGUGUCUUCUCUUACUGCACUUGGCAGGGAGGCUGGUGAUUGCCAGGCCAGGGCUGUUCUGUGUUGGUGACAGAGCAUGGCAGGAACAGGCUGCUCCCCCUGACCUUGCUGUCAGCCCGGUACCGCCGCCUUCUCUGCCCCGCUGCCAGGCAGGGGCUCUCGGUUGUAUCCGUGUGGAGGUGGGUGUGUGCAAGUGUCUCAGGGUUGCUACUGUUACUGUCACCGGCUGCUCAAGAGAGAAAAGGGCAGAGCUGAGGUGAUGUGUCAGUGUGUGUGACCCGUGGGCACAGGGUCCUCCCAGAGCUGGGUGACAAAGUCUGUGGCAUCAUUGUAUCCCAGGUGUCAUGUGAUGGAAAACAAACGUGGAGCACGCUGUAACUUUUUCAUGUAAAGCAAUUGAACUGGCAUUAAACAGGUUGUGAAUUUACUGGGAUUGGUCUCCAUGGCUCCACUUUGCUUCUCCACAGCAAAGGGUGCAGCAAGUCACCAGAGUCCUCACCCUACAUCUGCAGGGUACCAGUUUUAUUGGCACAGAUCUCACCUGCAGUUUAUUGCUCCCAGCUUCC